CAGAAGUUUCCACUUGAGUUCUUCAUCCCUGUGGGCUGUGUGGUCCUCAUCCUCUCUGCUUCUCCAUUAACACCAAAUUCUCUCUCCCCUCCUCCACAAUAAAAGCUCUCUCUUUCUCCUUUCUCCCCCCUCUUCUCUUCCCCUCGUCUCCCGCAUCCAUCUCUAGCAAUAAAUGCAGUAGCUGGGAAACCCACUCGCUCCCCUUCGCCACCAAUUACCAAGAAAACCCGCAAGAGAAAAAAAGAAAGAAAAAAAAAAAAGGAAAAAAAUCGUCACAGGUUCCUUCGAUCAUGCCACAAAACCCUCUUCUCCUUCUCCUCCCUCCCCAAUGUCCUCCUUCACCGCCGCCUCUGCUCAAUCUCCCUCCUUCCUUCGCAGCCUCAGCAAUCUAGGCUUAGGCUAUGCCAUCGCCAUCGCUCUCGGCCUACUCGUCCUACUCUCCACUCUCCUCCUCGCCUCCUACCUCUGCUGCCGUGUCUCCUCUCGCCGCCGGCGAACCCCUUCUUCCGACGCCGAUUCGCUCGGAGGCGUCGUUCUCCCCCGCAUCAUCUUCGUUGCAGAAGAUGAUGAGGAGGAAGGGCGUAACAACAACACGGUCAUGGCCGCCGCUUCAAUGGUCGGGCUUGAUCCGACCGCCAUCGCAUCGUAUCCUAAGUUCCAGUUCUCCUCCGCGGCCGCGAAGGCGAAGGGAGACGGAGAUGGAACAUGCGCCAUCUGUCUCUGCGAGUAUAGAGAAGCCGAGAUGCUGAGGAUGAUGCCGGAUUGCGGCCAUUCUUUCCACCUUAUGUGCAUCGAUGCGUGGCUUCGUCUCAACCCUUCGUGUCCGGUCUGUCGCAACUCGCCUAUGCCGACUCCCCAGUCGACUCCGCUAUCUACUCCCCUUUCCGAGCUCGUUCCUCUCUCCCAAUUCGCCGGCGACCGUCGCCGGAGGUGAUGGAUGGUCCUAGGUUGUCUUUUCCUUCUUUUGUUCUUACACACAGGUGCGCGGUUUCUGUGACUAGGGUUUGCUAAUUUAGAUGUCCUUUUUCUGAUAUUAUAUAUACCCUAGCUUUUAGUCUGCUUUCCCUGCCUUUUUACUUGGAUUCUUCUGGUGAAGAAGAUAGUUUGGAUCUUCAGUUGAGAUGUGGGGGCUUUUUUUUCUUCUUCUUUUCUUUAAUUAUGCAAUUCGGAAUCU